AUGGGUCACCUGAUUACUCUAGCAACAUGCUCUCUUAACCAAUGGGCCCUAGACUUUGAGGGCAAUGCAGAUCGCAUUAUUGAGAGUGUUCGACAAGCUAAAGCUGCAGGCGCUACUCUACGUGUUGGUCCGGAGCUUGAAAUUACAGGUUAUGGUGUGCUGGAUGGAUUCCUCGAAGGAGAUACAUUUUUGCACUCAUGGGAGAUGCUAGCCCGUAUCAUCGAUCAUCCAGAUUGUCAAAAUAUUGUGGUUGAUGUAGGCAUGCCAGUUCGACACCGCAAUGUGCGCUAUAACUGCCGUGUCAUUUUCUACAAUCGAAAGAUCAUCCUGAUCCGUCCUAAAAUGUGGCUCGCCAAUGACGGGAACUACAGAGAACACAGACAUUUCAUUCCAUGGCAACGUCCCCAGGAAGUGGAAGACUAUUAUCUGGAGCAGAUUGUUGGUAAAAUCACAGGUCAAUACAAGGUGCCAUUUGGUGACGCAGUCAUCAGCACAAGAGAUACAUGUCUUGGACUGGAAACUUGCGAGGAGUUGUUCACUCCUAAUGGACCUCAUAUCCCAUAUGGUCUUGCUGGCGUGGAGAUCAUUUCCAAUUCUUCUGGCAGCCAUCAUGAAUUGAAGAAACUCGAUACCCGUGUCAAUCUCAUAACACAGGCAACAAAAUUGAGUGGCGGCAUCUAUCUUUACGCCAACCAGCAAGGCUGUGAUGGCGAUCGUCUGUACUAUGACGGAUGUGCCAUGAUCGUAGUCAACGGUGAGGUCGUGGCACAAGGAUCUCAAUUCUCAUUGAACGAUGUGGAAGUCGUCACCGCAACUGUCGACAUCGAAGAGGUCCGAACUUAUCGUUCAAGCGUUAGCAGAGGAAUGCAGGCAAGCAAGCAAUCACCAUUUGUUCGGCUAGAUGUGGACGUCCGACUUUCUCGUCGUGGCGAAGAAGCAGACCCUGGCCUCGCAAUCUCCAUGCCAUUCAAACCUCAUUUCCACGCACCGGAAGAAGAGAUUGCUCUUGGGCCAGCCUGUUGGCUGUGGGACUAUCUACGAAGAUGCGGUGCCGCAGGAUUCUUCAUCCCUCUCAGCGGUGGAAUCGACAGUUGCGCAACCUCAGUAAUUGUUCAUUCCAUGUGUCGUGAAGUUCUAAAAGCAGUCCGGGAAGGUAACGAACAAGUUAUAAAAGAUGUUCGUCGACUCUGUGCUAAGCCUGAAGACUCGGAUUGGCUUCCAAGCUCUAGUCAAGAGAUUUGCAAGUGUAUUUUCCACACCAGCUACAUGGGCACGCAAAACUCAGGACACGAAACAAGGGAUCGUGCAAAGCGACUUGCUUCAGAUAUCGGGUCUUACCAUGUUGACUUUAACUUCGAUACAGUGGUUACAGCCUUGAUGGCUCUUUUCACAACAGUUACCAAUUUCCAACCACGCUUCAAGGUACACGGGGGUAGUCCAGCCGAGAAUGCAGCAUUGCAGAAUGUCCAGGCUCGAUUGAGGAUGGUUCUUUCUUACCUGUUUGCUUCGCUUCUACCGACAGUUCGCCAACGACCUGGUGGUGGUGGUCUCUUGGUUCUUGCAUCGUCUAAUGUGGAUGAGUGCUUGCGUGGUUACUUAACCAAGUACGAUGCCAGUUCAGCAGAUCUCAAUCCUAUCGGCUCUAUCAGCAAGGUGGAUCUGAAGAAGUUUAUUGGUUGGGCGGGUGUUAACUUUGAUCUUCCUAUCCUUGAGGAGUUCUUGCAUGCGACGCCGACGGCGGAAUUGGAGCCUCGCACUGCAACAUAUGUGCAAUCUGAUGAGGCGGAUAUGGGUGUUACUUACGCUGAACUGGGCACAUUCGGUUAUUUACGAAAGGCGGCCAAGCUAGGACCAUGGUCCAUGUAUGAGAAGCUAUUGCAUCUUUGGGGUAACGACUACAGUCCACGUGAGAUCUAUGAGAAGACGCGUCAUUUCUUCUAUCAUUAUUCUAUCAAUCGACACAAGAUGACUGUCUUGACGCCGAGUUACCACGCCGAGCAAUACUCUCCUGACGAUAACCGUCAUGAUCUUCGCCAGUUCCUAUAUCCUUCUUUUACAUGGGCAUAUAAGAAGAUGGAGGACAGUGUCAAAUUCUGGGAAUCAAGGGGAUGGACUUCUGGCAAGACACAGAAGAAGAGUGUCAAAGCAGAUUAA